AUCUCUCUAGCAGCUCUGUGUUACUCUGAGGAGGGGACGCCCUGAUGGGUGCACUGUUUCAUGCAUAUCUAUGAGUUUUGGUGGCUUAGAUCUUCCAUUAGCCAGGCCUACUGCCAGUCUUUCUUUAUCUCUUGGUGUAUGGGGGGCCUGCCUGGUGGUGUUGAAGGGGGCGAGCACUGCGGUUUGCUUGCUUCUGCUUGCUUCCCAACUUCGAGCUGUGCUAAGGGAAGCUGCUCCGAGAGAUUUCUGUUUGAAUUAAAGGGGAAGGGGGCAGUUGGCCAUGGAUUCCGUCGGCCCUUAUGGGUACGAUCCCAUGGCUCUCUCUGACGACGGAGACGCCCUGGUCGCAGAGCUCCUCAGCCAAUUCAACGCUGGUAUUGAGCAACAAGGGCAUACUAACGCAGAAAGGGCUCAGAGUGUUGCUGUCAGUGGUUUGGUGAGCUCGGAUCGACCCGUGGAGGUUCCCAGACAGAGCUUCGCCAACCACGCAGAGACUAUGGAGGAGACACCUGCCGAAACAGAGCACUCACGGAAUAAAAUGGUGACGGUGGAGGUCCCGAAAAUUGCAAAUCCAGAAGACUACCAUUUUCUACCCGGUCAUUUUACUGUGCGACACGUCAUUCGAGAGAUAAGGACCCCGAGUGACGAAACGCUUUACCAAGUCAGGCUUGCGAGCGGGGAAGAAGAAACGGUCUCCCUCGCUUUCCUCACGACGCUUCAUAAUGGGCUAAGGGCACUCGAGAACUUCCAGAGCUCCAGUGAUGAAAUCGCUGGUACAGAGAUAUCGGGAGGCAGGAGGCUGCGCCGCAGAGUGAGUCGGCCUCAGCUGCAGCUGUUGGACGAGGAAUCAUCGUCAGAUUCUCAGGGACCUCAGGCGAGAAAUACGCGGCGUGUUGCUAGGAAUACCAAACGAAACUCGAUCUAUCUCGAUACCCUAAGCAGCGACGAGGAUGGCGGGUCUAUGUCUAGUGACAAUGGGGAUAUUAAGUACGAGACGACAGCACCAAGAAGACGUGGCCUAAGGCAAAGAGUCGCACGACAGGCACAAAGACGCUCCCAGAGAUACGCGAUCUUAGUGCCUGACUCUGAGGAAGAGGAAAACAUCGAGAGAAGGGCAUCUCGUCAUUCUAAAAGAAAGAGGAAAUCUCUUCGACAUAACUUGCGCGAGAGACUUGAAGACGAAAUCUCUGAGAAUGAGGCACAAUCAAGCGAAAGAUUUGUCGGAGCCAAGGAGGUCUUUCGGAAAAUUCCAGUAGAUGAUACCUUCAGAACUCGCCACUGUGGUAGCUGCGAAGUGUGCUCCAUCGCCGGCGAUGACUAUGUUAAAGGACCCUUAGUAUUCUGUCAAGGAUGUACGAGCGCCUACCACCAAGCCUGUCUCGGUCCGCGCACCACACGAGAGCAUCUCGUCACAAAGAUCGGGGAUGAAACUUUCGUACUUCAAUGCCGUCGAUGCGUUGGUUCUGCGUGCAGCAAAGACCCCGUAUGUCCCCAUCAGGGCUAUUGCACCGGGUGUAAGGAACCAGGGUCAAUGGCCGAACCUCUGAGGGAACGUGUGACGGCGCGACAAGAGCAACAACUGCGCCAGAAUAACGGUGGCAAAGAUCCCAUCACUGCAGUUGAUAUGGACCGCGUCAACAAUCUGGAAAACAUCCUCUUUCGAUGUGGAACUUGCCACAGGGCCUUUCAUUUUGAGCACCUGCCUCCAAUGAGCGACAAGAUGGAUUCGCCGGAGAACUCUGCGGAUCACCGAUUCCAGGAAUACUCACGUACCUGGCAGUGUCAAGACUGUUCCACUGCCCCUGGCGAGAUUCAGGCUAUGGUUGCGUGGCGGCCAGUUGACUGCCUCGAAUAUAUCCCCCGGAACACUACCGCUGAAUCGAUGAAAGAAGAUCGCAAGGAAUACCUCAUCAAAUGGAAGACCAAAUCUUACUUCCACACCACCUGGAUGCCUGGUUCCUGGGUCUGGGGUAUCGGAAGUGUGCAUAUGAGACGGGCUUUCUUCAGAUCGCCAAAGAAUCUGACUCCCCAUAUGACCACGGAAGAGGCUAUCCCUGAGGAAUUCCUCCGGGUCGACAUUGUCUUUGAUGUUCGCUACCUAUCCGACAAUGACGAUGAUGCCGACGACAGUAAUGAUGAUGACGGCGAUGAAUUGCUCGAAGAUACUCACUUGAGACAUGCUAGUAAAGUGAAGGAGGCCUAUGUCAAGUUCAAAGGCCUUCCGUACGAGGAGUCGGCUUGGGAGUCACCUCCUGAUCCCUCCGACACCGAGCGAUGGGCUGAUUUCAUGAAGGCGUAUCAGGAUUGGGUCGCCCGCGACCUUGUCCACGUUCCUAAGAAGGAGGCUCUCCAGAAACGUCUAACUGAAGCUCGAAGGAAAAAUUUCAAGUCGGCCCUGGUCAAGGAAUCUCAGCCGUCCAUCAUGACCGGCGGGACUAUCAUGGAGUACCAGAAGGACGGCCUAAACUGGCUGUAUUACAUGUGGUACAAGCAACAGAACGCGAUCCUCGCUGACGAGAUGGGCCUCGGCAAGACCAUCCAAGUCAUCGGUCUCCUGUCUACCCUGAUCCAAGAUCACGAGUGUUGGCCCUUUCUGGUGGUGGUUCCCAACUCAACAUGCCCCAACUGGAGGCGUGAGAUCAAGUCAUGGGCACCCUCACUGCGUGUUGUGACAUAUUAUGGGUCGGCUUACGCACGCCAGCUCGCCCAGGACCACGAAUUGUUUGCCAACGGCACUCGCGAUUUGCGGUGUCACAUCGUGGUGACGUCGUACGAAACCAUGAUCGACCUGUCUUCGAGGAAGCUCUUAUCCAGGAUCCCGUGGGCAGGGCUGAUCGUCGAUGAGGGCCAGCGUCUGAAGAAUGAUAAAAGUCAGCUAUACGAGUCACUCUCGAGGAUGAAGUUCCCUUAUAAGGUGCUCCUCACGGGGACCCCUCUACAGAACAACAUUCGGGAAUUACUCAACCUCCUCCAGUUCUGCGAUCCCACCAAGGAUGCGGAGACUCUCGAGCAAGAGUACGGGGCUCUUUCGAAGGAGAACAUUACCGCGUUGCAUGAUAUGAUUAGACCGUUUUUCCUGCGCCGAACCAAGGCACAAGUGCUUACUUUCCUCCCCCCGAUGGUUCAAGUCAUUCUCCCGGUCAGCAUGUCUAUUCUGCAGAAACGUCUUUACAAGUCAAUUCUGGCAAAAAACCCCGAACUCAUCAAGGCCAUCUUCCAACGACAUGACGAUCAGUUAAAACAGAAUGAGCGGCAGAAUCUCAAUAACAUCUUGAUGCAGCUACGGAAGUGUUUAUGCCAUCCCUUUGUGUACAGCCAGGCGAUUGAGGAACGCACAGCCAACACCAAGGAAUCUCAUAAGCACCUGGUUGAAGCAUCGGGUAAACUUAAACUUCUUGAGCUGAUGCUGCCCAAGCUUCACCAGCGCGGACAUCGCGUUCUCAUUUUUAGCCAGUUUCUGGACAACUUGGACAUCGUUGAAGACUUUCUAGAUGGUCUUGGCCUCAUGCAUCGCCGACUCGAUGGGCGUAUGAACUCGCUUGAGAAACAGAAGCAGAUCGAUGCAUACAACGCAGAGGGGUCUCCCUACUUUGCUUUUCUCUUGUCAACGCGGUCCGGCGGAGUCGGCAUCAACCUGGCCACUGCCGACACAGUCAUCAUCAUGGACCCCGACUUUAACCCUCACCAAGACAUGCAAGCGCUGUCUCGUGCGCAUCGGAUCGGACAAAAAAACAAGGUUCUGGUCUUCCAGUUGAUGACUCGCGGUAGUGCCGAGGAGAAGAUCAUGCAGAUUGGAAAGAAGAAGAUGGUCCUCGAUCAUGUCCUGAUCGAGCGCAUGGACGCCGACGACGACGACGGGCAGGAUUUGGAAUCCAUCCUUCGCCACGGCGCCCAAGCCCUUUUUGAUGAUGAUGAUUCGGGAGAUGUAACCUAUGAUGCUGAAUCCGUUGACAGACUGCUCGACAGGAGCCAGGCAGAGCAAGCCGCAUCACCCGAGGGACCGGCAGACACCCAAUUCAGCUUUGCUCGCGUGUGGGCCAAUGAUGACAACUCCUUUGAGGACCGACUGCAAGACCCAGAUAUGGAUAGAGAUACCCCGAACAGCACCGUGUGGGAGAAGAUCCUGCAGGAGCGUGAGCUCGCGGCCGCAGAGGAUGCUAAGCGACGCGCAGAGACUUUUGGCCGAGGUAAACGGAAGCGCAUGACUAUUGACUACAACAUCCACGACCAGGGAGACGCGGUGGACGAGUCGCCCGUGAAGCCACGCCGGGAAGCCGACAGUGAUGCCGAAUUCCAUUCAGACGGGGGGGCGCCCCAGUCCGAAACCGAGUCGGAUGCACCAGAGCUAGACCCGGAAGACCUGUUGCGGUCACCGGCAAAGCCAAAAGUGCGUACGUUCCAUCGUGUCGAUCCUCUUCCGCUUCCACACCCCAAGCCACCCACCCCCAUGUCCCUCGACGGCCACGUAGACCAACUCACCUGCCUGGCCUGCGGUGGCGAUCAUCCACCCGGCUCUUGCCUCCUGAGACUUGCAGGCGUGGAGCAUUGCGGUCUUUGCGGCAUUGCACACAUGGGCCAGGGCCGAGCCUGCCCGCACCUCAAGGAAGACGUACAGGUGCAACGGAUGCUGGAGGCGCUGAAGGAAAGUCCCGAGCCACGCGAGCUCGUCGAGAAGGCCAAGAAGUAUCUUCAGGGAAUACGCGGAGACCUCGCCCAGCGUAAGCGCAAGGAAGCCCUCAAGGCGAAUCCCAGUGCGGUGGCGCCGCCUCUCACAACGCCUCGGCGUGGACGCCCGCCGCUCAAGAACAGAGAGCAGGCGAACAUCAACACGACGAGAACGCCCACAGUUGAUCUUACUGGACUAUAGCCCCAAAUCAAGGCUCAAGAAUUCAAUCUUACUCUUCGUUUUCUAUCUGGUUGCAAUCCUUUUCUUUUCUUAGUCAUGGGGGUUGGUCGGUACACAGUUCAACUCUAAAUGGGAUGGAUCUUCAUUCUGGUGUCCAUCAAUGUUCUUCCUCUUUUUUGCUUUUUAAUUCGCGUGGACUUGGGUUUGGUGAGGUCUCAUGGGUCAGUUUGGUCAAUUUACUAUUCUAUUCACUAUUGUCAGAAAAGAUCCUAUGGAUUAGAAGGGUACCUAAGGUAGUUAGUGAGUGGGUUUACAGUUCAACGACGUGA